AUGCUUCUGCUGUGGGUCACACUGCUUCUCCUCCAUCAUGUCUAUGCUUUGGUUCCAGUGAUCACAGUUCCUCUUGGUGAACCCGUGACUCUGACYUGUGCUGCUUCAGAGAAGUUUCAGAGCAKCACWUKGCUUCACUGGUACAAGCAGAGCGCAGGAGAAACUCUGAAAUUAGUUUUWAUGCAGCAGAAAMGCAUAAAACCCAUAUUUGAACCAGAGUUUCCUCCUUCAAGAUUUCRUGCAAGAAGUGAUGRUAAAASAAGUGAASUAACAAUUCUGARGACAGUUCAACAGGAUGAAGGAAUGUAUCACUGUGCUCACAUAGACUGGWCUAMAKCUACAUGGAGAGACACUGAGAAGACAUUAAACUACACUGUUGUUGAGCAAUUGACACAAUCAGAUCCAGAUGAUUUAGGGAUUCUGCAGUGCUCAGUUCUCUCUGAUUCUGAGGGUGAGGAGUGCUCAGAAGAUCCCAGUGUUUUCUGGUUCAGAGCCAGGUCAGAAAACUCUUAUCCAGAUAUCAUGUACACUGAUGGAAACAGACCUGAGAAAUGUGAAAAGACAUCUGACCCUCUGAAGAGAUGCAGAUAUAAGUUCUCCAAGAAGAUCAGCUUCUCUGAUGCUGGGACUUAUUUCUGUGCUGUAGCCACAUGUGGGCAGAUAUUUAUGGGAAAUGGAGGAAAAAUUAAUAUUG